AUGGCCCGGGAGCCCAGGCUUGGCCCUGCUCGGCCAGGCCAGAAGAGGCCACGGAGCACAGCCAUCCUCGGCAGCAGCGGUCACUGUGACCUGGACUACAAGCUGUACGCAGAAGACGUCCCCUACAGGGUAUACGAAAACCAGAGGAUCCCCCCGCUCAUCAACCAUGUGCCCGUCAGGAUCCGGAGGACCCAUGCGGGCAUGGGGGUCAAGGGCAGCUUUGGGCCCCACAAAGCCCCCAAGAACGGCCCGCUGCCCCCAAGGCGGAUACAGCCCCCAACUGGGGAGCUGCACUCCAUCAGGGAGGAGCUGAGCCAGAUCAAGGCCCAGGUGGACAGCCUGCUGGAGAGUCUGGAGCGCAUGGACCCGCAGAGGCACCAGGCUGCAGGGACAAUGGACAGUGAAGAGACCAAGGGUCCAGGCAGUGAGAGCGCCUGGUGCAGAAGCACUGAAAACCAGUGGGAGCCCAGGGGCCAGAGGGCCGGUGCGCAGAUGGACAGUGCCAAGGCAGGCACCAGCACAGAGCAGGCAGUGAAGAGUUACACAUCAGACCAGGAGGGCAGUGAGUAG